UUUUUUCCCUGGGUACGUGCCCCAGAUUGCAGUGCUGCAAUCAAGUAGUCGUUAGGAGACAAGCCACUGACACCGACUUAAUCACUGCAAUCCAGGAUAAAAAGUGUCUGGCUUGGACUUCAUCGAGUAGCCUACCAUGCCGAGAGGGGACAUGACAGAAGCAACGUACAGUCAAGCCGGACAAGCAUGAUAGAAUCAAGAAUUGUUUCUAUUCAAAUGUGACUACUUUUAAGUUUAAAGUCAAACUCCAAUGGUAGAAUAAAGGAAAGGAAAUAUGGAGGCAGGGCUUUUAAGAGAAGUGCCAGAGUCUCUAAAGAGACUGGCACGUUACAUUGUUCGUGGAUUUUAUGGCGUUGAACAUGCCAUCAUCAUUGACCUGUUGGUCAGAAACCCUUGUAUGAAAGAAGAUGAUUUGUUAGAACUCUUGAAAUUUGAUAGAAAACAAUUGAGGGUCUCCAUAACUACACUAAAGAAUGAUAAAUUCCUCAAGUCGCGUAUGAAAAUAGAGACUGAUGCUGAUGGAAAAAACACGAAGCAUAAUUACUAUUUCAUAAAUUAUAAAAUAUUUGUUAAUGUUGUGAAGUAUAAACUGGAUCAUAUGCGACGGAAGAUUGAGACAGAGGAACGCGAUUCCACAAGUCGGGCAUCUUUCAAAUGUCCUGAGUGUGAGAAAUCAUUCACGGAUUUGGAAGUAAUGGAGUUGAUGGAUCCAAUGACAGGGGAGCUCCGGUGCACCCACUGCGGCUCGGAAGUGAAAGAGGACGGACAGGCAAUGCCUAAGACCGAUGCUCGGACGCUGUUAGCUAAGUUCAAUGAGCAAAUAGAGCCCAUCUAUAACUUAUUACGAGAGUGUGAGGAUUUCAAAUUGGCGCCGGAGAUCUUGGAGCCAGAACCAACAAACAUGAAAAAUGUCACGAGUCGGGCAGGCAGCUCUAGGAACGUGGAUCAUUCUGUCUGGAGCGGUGACAUAAGGAAGAACAUAGGAUUUGGAGCCUCGGAAAAUGCAGUGACUGUCCGAAUGGACGAUGAUGAGGACUCUGUUGCCAAGGAGUCGAAGCCGCUGAAAGAACAGCCAAUCUGGAUGAAGGAAAGCACUGUAGAGGGUGCCAUAUCUGAACCUCUCAAGACUGCUCCUCAAGUGAAAGCCGGGCCAUCUGAAGCCUCUUCCCGCCGGGAUGAAGAUGAGAUCACCAGAAUCUUAUUGGUCCAUGAGAAAAAGAGCGCGCCACAGGCAACGCGUAUACACGUACCAACUGGAGAAAGAGAUAGUGACGAAGGCGGAUCGUCAACCAGUGAAUCAGAAGAUGAGAUUGCUGCAGCGAUUAAGACAACAGUGAAAGCAGAAGCUGCAGUUGAAGUGAUGGAAAGUGAUGAUGACGAUGACGGUGUGCCCAUGGUGAGCAUUGGCGACACAAAGGUUCCAAUUAACGAGGUGUCUGAGGAAAUGGUGGCUAAGAUGACUCUGUCAGAGAAGGAGGCUUACAUCAAACUUGGGCAGGAGAUGUAUGCUGACAUGUACGAGUGAAGGUGUUUAUUCCUGUAGAGUAUGAAUAAAUGGUUAUUAAAUUUCAAUGCCA